UUCGUUAAUUUAUUACGAUCCAAUUGUGUUAUUUUGUUAAGAUUAUACAAAAUAAAACAUUAAACUUAUUGCUAAUAUAUUGCAAAAGUUUAGAAACACGUCUUACUAAAGUAAUCGAGCAUUUUUAAAACAUCGUUACUUACUUGGAACACUGUCAUCUCGUACUGAUGCCUCGCUGCCGCUGUCGUUGCCGAAACUGUAGAAGCAAUCACCAGGAAAGUAAUACGGAUUCAGGACUGUCUGAUACCGAGGUUUGCUGCCAGACGAGGACUGCCGAGGAGGAUUCAUUGCGACAAUGCAACGAACUUUGUAGGAGCCAGCAGAGAGUUGAAGGAACUACAGAAGGCGUUCGAGGAUCAACGAGAGGCCCUGGUGACAUUCGCGGCAUCAGUCGAAAUCGAGUUCAGCUUCAUUCCACCUCGAGCACCUCACUUCGGAGGUCUGUGGGAAGCUGCUGUCAAGCAAGCCAAACACCUGCUUCUGCGAGCAGUAGGCAACGCGUCUCUCAACGCCGAAGAAAUGGGAACCAUGCUUGCAGAAGUGGAGGCGGUGCUGAACAGCCGACCCAUAGCACCGCUGUCACCAGAUCCCAACGACGGGGAAGCACUAACGCCAGCACAUCUGUUAAUAGGCGGGGGUCUGCGUUCGCUGCCGCCAGGAUCAGAAGAAGGCGCGAAAGACAACGUGCUGAAGUCUUGGAGGCGAUGGCGACUACUCUCCGGACUCAAGGAGAUGUUUUGGCAAGCUUGGUCCAAAGAAUAUAUACUGGGUCUACAGCACAAGGCCAAAUGGCAGCAGCAAGCUCCCAAUCUGCAGGUGGGCGAGUUAGUGAUAAUUCACGAAGACAACCUGCCACCCCAGGAGUGGUUGACCGGACGCAUCGUAGCCGUAACAGAAGGCAAGGACGGCAAGGUCAGGGUGGCAGAGAUACGCACAAAAAACGGCGUAUUUAAACGUCCCAUUCAAAAGCUCGCAUUAUUACCAAUGAGUUGAAGACCUUUGGUCCUUCAAUGGGGCCGGGAUGUUCGUUCGAUUCUGCACCAGUUCGCGUUCACUUACCUAUCUGUUAAUUGUCCCAAUUAAACAACAUGUUUAAGAUUUAAAACUAAAAAUGAAUUGUAUUUAAACAUAAAAGUAAACAUAAAUCUAAACAUGUAUCUAAACAUAUGUAACAUUAAACAAAAGUAUAAGAUAUUCUACUUACUGUUCGGUUAAAUGGAAUGAACAAUGGCCAACGGGAAAGUAGGAGAAAUAUCUAAAGAAAAAUGAAGUAUUAAUAGCUAUAUAGAAAAUUUGAAUUAAAUAAAGACUUACU